GCUCGGUAUACGGCUGUACGAUGAUCAGCAUCUCUCCUCCGGGGAUAGGGACGGACAGCUCCAGCCAGGAGGACAUCCCGCUCCUCUCCCUCACACAUUUCUCUCGGCCGCCCUUUGUGAGCUUCGGAUAUGUCCAGCCCGGUUCAUCCCGCAGCGCAGAUCUAGUACUGCACAACCCGUCACCUGACCCGGCCCAGGUGACCGUACACAAGAGUUAUCCUUUUACAUCGCCAUUUAAAGAAAUGUCACCUUCAGUGAUCAUCUCUGUUAAGUUUAUUCUUUGUAUUGUGCAGCCCUUUGAAUCUGUUCCAUUGACUAUCACAUGGACUCCAGUAGAAGAAGGAGGCAUAAGAGAACUUGUCACAUUUGUGGUAAAUGAUCUUGUAAAGCACCAAGCUGUACUUCUGGGACAUGCGGAGCUGCCAUCUAAGAAGAAGAGAGCUCGUUGGAAUACCAUAAAGAAGAAAUAUACUCCUGCAGGAGCAAAGGUUUCUGGACCAAAUAAUAAAGAUCUUUCUUCUACAGUCAUCAAAAACAAAACAUUUAAUGUAAAACACAAAAAUGGCCAAGGAGUAUCCGGAGUGGCAAAUAAUCCUUUAAGGUCAUGUGAGAAUAUUUCCAAACCAGGUAUCAGAGACUCUCGUGUCAAGAAAGGUAGGCGGAGCACAGAAAAUAAAGCUCCUGCUCUCCAAGUCAGUCCGCUUGGUAAUGAUCUACAAGCUUUUAUCCCAGGAUCACUCAAGAGGUCAAAGACAUACUCUAUUCUGUGCACCGAGUACGAGACCAUAGAAGAAGUUGCAGCCACAUCUACAAUUAACAGGGAUUUUGUUCUUGAGGAACAAUGGACUCUCACUGAACACAGGGUGAACAAAGUGUCCAUCUCGCCAAUAAAUCCAGUGCAUGGCCCCCAGCAUAAUUAUACUUGUACGCCAAGUCUGGUAAAUGCCUUUAAAACCUUAUCCCCGACUGAGUUUUAUAAUGCCGAGCUUGCUAUUAGACAUGAUGCAUCUGAAAAGUCCAGCUCCUUCCAAGAGUCUUUCCAUGAAUGUUUUACAAAGAUGAGCUUAAAGAUGCAGACGCCACCAUCGGCGGUGCUCACACCGCAAAGAAAAGCUUUAAGUCCCGAUUCAUUUAUCAGCAACAGUUAUGUUUCAGAUGAAUAUCAGGACGCAGUUAAUCAUACUCCAGUUUUGUCACCAGAGCAGUUUGUCAGAGAUAAUUUUUUAACACCUCCUGUUGUGGAAGAUUUAAAGUCCAGCCAGUUUAGAACGGAGUCUGUCAACAAAGUCUUUUCUGUUAAGGCCUCUGCGAAUGCAGAUCCUGAGAUUUCCAGAUUAACUUAUUGUGUCAAAAAGAAAAAAGGUAGGAGCGCUCCAUUGCUGUUGAGUGGCAAUUCUGUGGCCAAUAACACUGGAAAAGCCCAGAUAAACUCGGCAACAGUUACAAAAGCCAGGUCUUCAGACUGCAGUGACAAUUUACAUAGACCUCAGCUGAAGUCCCGUAGAAGGUUGAAGUGUGUUGAACUAGAGGGCAAAGAGGAUUCCCAGGGUGAUGUGCUCCAGCAAUUGCCAGUGUUAUGUGCUCCAAACCUUCCUUCCAUUAGUGCUCCAGACCUUCCUUCCAUAAGUGUAUCAAUACCUGCUAGCUGUUCAGGAUCACCUCUGACCAAGGAGACAGCUGUAUCUAGCAUUGCUAGCUGUUCAGAAUUGCCUCUGACCAAGGACAUAGCCAUACCUAGACCUGCUAGCUGUUCAGGAUUACCUCUGAUCAAGGACGUAGCCAUAUCUAGACCUACUAGCUGUUCAGAAUCACCUCUGACUGAGGACCUUGCCAUAUCUAGACCUGCUAGCUGUUCAGAAUUGUCUCUGACCAAGGACAUAGCCAUAUCUAGACCUGCUAGCUGUUCAGAAUUGCCUCUGACCAAGGACAUAGCCAUAUCUAGACCUGCUAGCUGUUCAGAAUCGCCUCUGACCAAGGACAUAGCCAUAUCUAGACCUGCUAGUUGUUCAGAAUCGCCUCUGACCAAGGACACAGCCAUGUCUAGACCUGCCAGCUGUUCAGGACCGCCUCUGUCCAAGGACUUUGCCAUAUCAAGACCUGCCAGCUAUUCAGGAUCACCCAUGACCAAGGACACAUCCAUAUCUAUCUGUGGUCACAAGAGGAGAAGUGCAGAGAUUUCUGUUUGGUCAUCUGGGGCAUCCAAUGAGUCUUUAAAUGUCGUCCAAGCUAAGAGAAGUCAUCUGUCAAAACCAGCUGUAUCUCAGCGUGUAAAAAGUCAAGAGCGUCAACGGGGAACCAGAAUGACUUCUUCAACACCGAAUCUUUGGAAAAGCCAUAAAACGAAGCCUGAAGUCAAAGGAAAGCCCACCUUGGCAAAAUCUCGGCAGAUAGAUAAGACAGAGCUGCCACAGUUACAUUCUGCUGUCACCUUUAAACAUUCCAAGAGAGUUGUUGCUGUUCCACAAUCAAAGCUGACUUUCAUGAAGACUGCUAAAACAGUCAUUCCUCGACACCCCAUGCCAUUUGCUGCCAAAAACAUGUUUUAUGAUGAGCGCUGGAUGGCAAAGCAAGAACGGGGCUUUACUUGGUGGCUAAAUUUCAUACUCACCCCAGAUGACUUUGCAGUAAAAACAGAUUCUAUGAAAGUAAAUGCAGCUGCUCUGAUCCUUGGAGCUGAGAGCUCUCACAAAGUGAGUGUGCCUAAGGCUCCAACCAAGGAAGAGGUUUCCUUGAAAGCAUACACAGCCCGAUGCAGGUUGAAUAGACUAAGGAGAUCGGCCUGCCGCCUCUUCACCUCCGACCCUGUGGUAAAAGCCAUUCGGAGACUGGAAGUAGAGAUUGAAGCUCGACGCCUUCUUGUAAGGAAAGACAGACAUCUCUGGAAAGAUGUUGGCGAGCGUCAGAAAAUCUUAAGCUGGCUUCUUUCAUAUAAUCCAUUGUGGCUUCGUGUAGCACUGGAGACUACAUUUGGAGAGCUAAUUUCACUUGAUGGCAAUAGUGAUGUCACUGGCCUUGCGUUGUUCAUCUUGAAUCGUCUCCUCUGGAAUCCAGAUAUUGCUGCAGAGUACAGACAUCCCUCAGUACCGCACUUGUAUCGUGAUGGUCAUGAGGAGGCUUUGUCCAAGUUUACAUUGAAAAAACUGCUGCUGCUGGUUUUCUUUCUUGAUUAUGCUAAACAGUCGAGGCUUAUUGAUCACGAUCCCUGCCUGUUUUGUAAGGAUGCUGAAUUUAAGACAAGUAAAGACCUUCUGCUGGCAUUCUCUCGUGAUUUUCUGAGUGGAGAAGGAGAUCUUUCACGUCAUCUUGGUUAUCUGGGGUUACAUGUCAGCCACGUCCAAACACCUCUUGAUGAAUUUGACUUUGCAGUCACAAAUCUUGCAGUGGAUUUACAAUGUGGAGUUCGCUUGGUUAGAAUGAUGGAACUCCUAACUCAUAACUGGAGCCUGUCCAAAAAGCUGAGAGUCCCAGCAAUAAGUCGUCUGCAGAAAAUGCACAAUGUGGAGGUGGCACUGCAAGUUUUGGCAGAUAGAGGAGUUCAGAUUAAAGAUGAGCGUGGUCACUCAAUCUCAUCCAAAGACAUUGUGGACAGACACCGAGAACGUACAUUGGCUUUGCUGUGGAAUAUUGUUUUUACCUUCCAGGUGGAAGUUGUGCUGAAUGUUGACAAUCUAAAAGAGGAGAUAAAGUUCCUGACACACCGGUACAGCACCCAGAAAAGGCUUGCUGCCCUACGUGCCCUGUCAUUUCCAACAGUGGCUAAGAAGCGUGACAGUAACCCAUUUUUACCGGAAAAUUACAACGAGCCAGUGCUGCUACUCAUGGAAUGGGUUAAUGCAGUAUGUGCCUUCUAUAACACAAAGGUUGAAAAUUUUACGGUGUCAUUUUCUGAUGGGAGAGUAUUUUGUUACCUAAUUAACCAUUACCACCCCAGCUAUGUGGCAUUAGAUGCUAUUUGUCAGCGGACAACACAGACCAUAGAGUGUAAUGAGAAUGGGACAGUAGGACUGAAUUCUUCCUCAGAUUCUGAUAACUCUGUCGAUAUGUGGUCUGGAAUGUGUGAUGAAGGGUUUACCACCUCAGCCUUGUUCAAAGAAUUAUUGGAUAAUGAAAGAACAAACUUCAUUCUUCUGCAGACUGCAGUGUCUAAUCUCGGGGGUAUUCCUGCCAUGAUCCAUCACACUGAUACAUCUAAUACAAUCCCAGAUGAAAAGAUUGUCAUCACUUUCCUUUCCUUCCUCUGUGCUCGGCUUUUGGACAUUCGUAAGGAGGCUAGAGCUGCGAGAGUAAUCCAGGCAGCAUGGAGAAAGUACAAAGUGACAGCAGAAGAGCAGCUAUUGCAGAAAAAGCACAAGGCUGCCUCUGUUAUCCAGAUCGCGGUCCGCAAGUUCCUGUCACGACGUUGGGUUCUGAAGAUGACAACCUCUGCAGUAGUAAUCCAGAAACACUGGAGAAGAUACUUGGCAUACAAGGAACUAUUGAAAUUAAAGCUGCUCAGACAAAAGGAAAUUGAGUCCUCUGCAGCUAUUGUCAUCCAGAGAAUUUGGAGAGGUUUUGCAGCCAGAAAAUACUACAUAAAGUUAAGAAAAUGUGUUGUUCUUCUGCAAGCAAGAAUGAGAACAAAGAUGGCGGUUUUGGCUUACAAAAAGACCACUUAUGCAACAGCAACUCUCCAGAGGCAUGUGCGCUCUUGGAUGUUGGCUAAGAAAGAUCGUCAAAACUUUCUACAGUUCAAAUGUGCUGCUCUUACCAUACAGUCCGCUUUUAGGAGAUGGCGAUGUAAAAAGCUAAAACGAGAGACCAGUGCUGUAUUGGUGCUUCAGAAGGCUUACAGGAAAUGGCAAAAUUAUAAAUUGGAAACUAAAGGAAAAGCAGCCACUUUUAUUCAGUCCUUUUAUCGAAUGUCCAGAGAGAGACGCAAAUACCUUUCUUUGCGAGCAGCAGCAGUAAAGAUACAGUCUCUGGUUAGAAUGAGGCAAAAGAGAAUACAUUAUCUUGUGCAAAGAGAAAAAGUGAUCUUUGUCCAAACUUUGUUUCGUGCUAACCUAUUAAUGUGCACAGAACGUAAGUCUUUUCUCCAGAUGCGGGCAGCUUGUGUUAAAAUUCAGUCUAAAAUCAAAGGCCACUUGGCCAGAAAACAAAUCAAACUCUGGCACAAAGCUGCAACAACAUUACAAGCCAACUACAGAAUGCAUAUGACAAGAAGGAAAUAUCUUAGAAUACAAAGAGCUGUAGUUAUUAUACAGGAGCACUUUCGAGCAUACAAGCUUGCUGCCUAUCACAGAGAACGCUUCUUGCUCAUGCAAUGCUCUGCUGUACGUAUACAAGCAGCCUGCAGAGGUUACAUCAGUCGUAAACAAAUACAAAUUCAGCAUGUUGCAGCCCUAUCCAUACAAACCACUUUCCGAUGCUAUAUGGUAAGAAAGCGUUAUCUUCGCAUGAGACAGUCUGCCAUGUCUAUUCAACGAUGGUACAGAGGACAGAAGCAACUGAAGGGAGAUGUGGAACACUUUUGGAAAAUGAAGAGAGCCGUUUCUACCAUACAAGCCACAUACCGUGGAUGGUUAAUGAGAAAGCAACUCCACAAAUGGACAAUGGCUGCAGUCACUAUCCAAUCAGCCUUUAGGAAAUGUAGUGCUCAAAGAAGAUUCAAAGAAGUUAAGAUGGCUACGCUGAUCAUACAGAGGAAUUAUCACGCUGUGCUUAUGGGCAGGAAGGAGAGGCAAAAAUAUCUUAACAUAUGUUUGCUCAUAAGAAAAGUGCAAGCCACCUGGAGGGGUAAAAGAGUGAGGCAAGAGGUUCAGAGACAGCACAAAAUGGCAACGCUGGUACAGUCUUACUAUAGAAUGUACGUCUGCUACGCAAAGUACAAAACCACAAAACAAGCUGCAAUACUCAUUCAGUGUCACUACAGAGCAUAUGUAGCUGGUAAAGCACAGCGAAUGCAUUAUGUAAAAGUCAAAGCCGCAGCAAAUCAUCUUCAGGCUGCUUUCCGGGGAUGGCAAAUAAGAAAACAUUUAAUGCAUCUUCACAAUGCAGCUUGUACGAUACAGGCCUCAUAUCGCUCUUUCAGAAUCAGAAAAGAAUACCUCAGUCUGAGAAUGGCAACCAUCCUAAUUCAGAGACAAUACCGUGCUGUAGUUGCUGCUAAGCUGCAUAGAGAGCAGUAUCUUAUUUUGAGAAACAAUACCAUUAAACUGCAGUCUGUUUACAGAGGUAUGAGAACAAGGCAAAGGAUAGUCCAGAUGCAAAGGUCUGCAACUUUGUUGCAGUCGCACUAUAGGGCAAGGAGGGAAAGCAGGAACCAAAAGCAACAGUAUUUGGCACUCAAGAAUGCUGCCUGCACCCUGCAGUCUGCCUGGCGAGGCAAGAAAGCAAGGGAGCAGAUGCGUCGAAUGCAUGCCGCUGCAAAGGUAGUCCAGGCUUGGUACCGAAUGGUCAAGCAACAGCAGGCUUUUAAAAAUCUUAAAAAGGCCACAGUAAGAGUUCAACAAUGUUACCGUGCCUCUCGAGAGCAGAAGAAACAGUUGCUGAUUUUCAAUAACACAAGAAAGGCAGUCUUGUGCAUUCAAUCAGCUUUCCGUGCAGCAAAAGUACAGCGUGAAUUUAGGGGAAAGCGUCAAGCUGCUGUUGUCAUUCAAAAAACAUUUAAGUCCUUUUUGGCAAGACGCAGGUUUCUUGCUCUGCAAAAAGCUACAGUAUGUAUUCAGAGGAGGUUUAAAUCGAAAAAGCUUGGUGAUCGUCACAGGCAGGAUUACCUAAGGGCUCGGAGAGCUGCUCUUGUAUUACAAGCAGCUUUCAGGGGUUUUCAAGACCGACGGAAACUUCGACAAAUGCAUUCCUCUGCCACCGUCCUCCAGGGAGCUUUUAGAAUGCACAAAGAGCGUGUUGCUUAUCAAAAGUUGAAGCAAUCGGCAAUUACCAUACAGCAAUGCUACAGAGCAUUUAAAAUUUCUGCUCAUGAAAGGGAAACAUUCCUGAAGAAGAAGAAAUCGGCAGUAAUAAUUCAGUCUGCAUAUCGUGGUGCUAAAGUAAGGAGGAGCAUAAGUCAAAUGAACGAAGCCGCUUUCACAAUCCAAGCCACUUUCAGGAUGUACCAGUGUAGAAACCAUUAUAAAAAGUUUCUAUGGGCAGUCUGUGUGAUUCAGCAGAGAUACAGAGCAAACAAGCAAAGAGACUUUGAUUUGUUACGGUACUCUUUUAUUAGGGACUCUACUCUCCUCAUUCAAGCUGCUUAUCGUGGUUGGCAUGUUCGAAAAGAGUUAAGAACCAUGACCAGAGCUGCCACUGUUAUACAAAGACAAUUCAGGGCAUAUCGUGAGCGCAAACAGUACCUCUUACUAAGAUCAUCAGCACUUUGCAUCCAGAGACGUUACCGAGCUACUGUAUUGCUGCAUCGUUAUUGGGAUCAAUACCUGUCUCUACGAAAAGCUGUAGUUUGUGUUCAAGCUUCAUACAGGGGGUUUAAAGUGAGAAAAGAUCUUGCCCUGAAACAUGCAAUGGCCCUCAGAAUACAGUCUGCUUUCAGAAAUUAUAGGGCUUUGGUUUUAUAUAGAUCCCAACAGGAUGCAGCCAGAAAGAUUCAGGCUUGGUACAGGUCAACAAAAGACAGCAGGUAUGCACGGGCAUCGUUUCUGAGGCUUCGAAGGGCAGCUGUAGUUAUCCAGGCAGGUUACAAAGGAAUGACAGUACGCAAAAACAUGAAAGUUAUGAUUAGGGCAGCUACCUUAAUACAGUCCAACUAUCGAAUGUACAUUCAGAAGAAAUACUACAAAAGUUUGCUGAAAGCCACCCAAACUCUCCAGCAGAGAUACAGAGCUAAAAAAGCUAGAGAGCAAGAUCUGUGUUGGCACCGAGCUGCUACAAAUUCAGCAGUACUGCUACAAGCAACUUUCAGGGGUUUUCAAGACAGACAGAAACUUCGACAAAUGCAUUUCUCUGCCACUGUCAUCCAGGCAGCUUUUAGAAUGCACAAAGAGCGUGUUGCUUAUCAAAAGUUGAAGCAAUCGGCAAUUACCAUACAGCAAUGCUACAGAGCAUUUAAAAUUUCUGCUCAUGAAAGGGAAACAUUCCUGAAGAAGAAGAAAUCGGCAGUAAUAAUUCAGUCUGCAUAUCGUGGUGCUAAAGUAAGGAGGAGCAUAAGUCAAAUGAACAAAGCCGCUUUCACAAUCCAAGCCACAUUCAGGAUGCACCAGUGUAGACACAAUUAUAAAAAGUUCCUAUGGGCAGUCUGUGUGAUUCAGCAGAGAUACAGAGCAAACAAGCAAAGAGACUUUGAUUUGUUACGGUACUCUUUUAUUAGGGACUCUACUCUCCUCAUUCAAGCUGCUUAUCGUGGCUGGCAUGUUCGAAAAGAGCUACGAACCAUGACUGGAGCUGCCACUGUUAUACAAAGACAAUUCAGGGCAUAUCGUGGUGCUAAAGUAAGGAGGAGCAUAAGUCAAAUGAACAAAGCCGCUUUCACAAUCCAAGCCACAUUCAGGAUGCACCAGUGUAGACACCAUUAUAAAAAGUUCCUAUGGGCAGUCUGUGUGAUUCAGCAGAGAUACAGAGCAAACAAGCAAAGAGACUUUGAUUUGUUACGGUACUCUUUUAUACGAAAAGCUGUAGUUUGUGUUCAAGCUUCAUACAGGGGAUUUAAAGUGAGAAAAGAUCUUGCCUUGAAACAUGCAAUUGUCUUCAGAAUACAAUCUGCUUUCAGAAAUUAUAAGGCAUUGGUUUUAUAUAGAUCCCAACAGGAUGCAGCUAGAAAGAUUCAGGCAUGGUACAGGUCAACAAAAGACAGCAGGUAUGCACGGGCAUCGUUUCUGAGGCUUCGAAGGGCAGCUGUAGUUAUCCAGGCAGGUUACAAAGGAAUGACAGUACGCAAAAACAUGAAAGUUAUGAUUAGGGCAGCUACCAUCAUACAGUCCAACUAUCAAAUGUACAUUCAGAAGAAAUACUACAAAAGCUUGCUUAAAGCCACCCAAACUCUCCAGCAGAGAUACAGAGCUAAAAAGGUGGGAGAGCGAGAUCUGUGUUGGUACCAAGCUGCUAAAAAUUCAACAGUACUGCUACAAGCCGCUUUUAGGGGGAUGAAAGUUAGAAGACGGCUUCAAGGAAUGCACCAUGCAGCAACAGCUAUCCAAAGAUUUCUUAGAGGCUAUCUGAAAAGGAAGGUGUAUUUGAAACUUAAAUCUGCAGCGUUAUGCCUUCAGAGAAGGUACAGAGCUUCAGUUCUAGCCAGAUCUCAACGCUUGAAUUUCCUCACAUGUCGCAAAGCUGUGGUUUCCAUCCAGUCUGCUUAUAGAGGGUACAAAGUGAGGCAAAGACUUGUGCAAAAAUACCAAGCCACAACUGAAAUUCAGCUCAUGAUGAGAAUGUACAAACUACAAACCUAUUCAGGUCAAAGGACACCAACUGUUCUACAAAAGAAUUAUUCCCUUUAUCAAACAUAUGUGCUCCGUGAACGAGAGUGCUACCUAAGACUUCAAAAUGUUGCUGUUGUUCUUCAGGCCUCAUACAGAGGCAUGAAGAGUCGAAGAAAAACAAGAAAAAUGCAUGGUGCAGCUACCGUAAUUCAGGCCUAUUAUCGUAUGCACAGGCAAAGAAAAUCUUACCUGGAUUUACGACGCGCAACAAGAUCAAUUCAGUUGCAUUUUAGAGCAACGCUUUUAAGGAAUGAGGCAGUAAAGGAGUACAAUGUUCUUAGAAAAGUGGCAAUAUUAAUUCAACGAAGGUUCCGUGCAAUCAAGUCAAGAGAAGUCAAGGCUGUGGUGGUUAUCCAAACUACAUGGAAGAUGUAUCGGGAAAGAAAGGCUUUUAUAAAGGCCAAGUCUGCAGCGGUGUGCCUUCAGGCUGCCUUCAGAGGCCAUAGGGCUAGAAAGAGAUGCAAAAUAAUGGUAGAAUCUGCCUGCCAUAUACAGUCUUGGUACAGAAGAUGUCACCAAGCCCAUCUACAACGAAUCCAAUAUUUGUCCAUACGAACCUCUGCUAUUGUAAUUCAGUCUGCUUUUAGAGGUUUUGUUGCACGCCAAAGUGUUAAAAAGGAGAGAGCUGCAAGAGUACUCCAGUCUUAUUAUCGUAUGGCUGUCUGCCGGAAACGGUUUCUGCAGCUUAGAGCAUGUGUCAUAAAGUUACAGACUUCUUAUCGGAUGCAAAAGGCUAUGGAGAUGUAUAAAAAGCAGAAAGUAGCUGCAGUGAUCAUUCAGCAAUGGUACAAAUCACUCAUUACUAUGAAACACCAGAGAGCUGCUUUCCUGAAGGCACGAAGGCAGAUAAUCUGUGUGCAAGCAGCAGUCAGAAGAUUCAAUGCCAAGAGGUUGUUUAAAAGGAUUCAACAUACUGCACUAAUGAGACAGAUCGCCAGAAGGAACGCAGAAAGACGGCUUCUGAGGUUUGCUUCUGCUGUUCAUCACCAUCUGUGCGCUGUGAAGAUUCAGAGAUGGUUCCGGAGUCGUCUCAUUCUUAAGAAAGCACAGAUGCAAAUUCACCAUGUUAUUUAUAUUCAGAGAUGGUAUCGGUCAAGAUUACAGCGCAGGCAGUUUGUUUGCACACGCGAGAAGGUAAUCUGUGUGCAGCGUUUGGUGCGGUCCUGGAUACAUCGCAGGAAUAAGGCAGCUGUUACAAUCCAGAGAUGUGUGAGGGUUUUCCUCCAGAGCAAGCAGCAAGCAAAAAUGGCCUGCGGGAUUGUUAAAUUCCAGGCUCUCUGGAGAGGCCACCAAUGGAGAAAAGCACAUGAUACCAAAAAACUGCGAACCUUGCGUAAUCGCCUGCGGAAAGUAAGCGAGGAGACCAAAGAUGAAGAUAAAUUAUGUAACCGAACAUUGGUUGCCUUAAAUUAUCUGCUUUCCUACAAGCACUUCUCCUACAUCCUGGCGGCUCUGAAGCAUCUUGAAGCUGCCACCAGACUGUCUUCUCUUUGCUGUGAGAACAUGGCACAGAGCGGAGCAGUGAAGAUCAUUUUCACUCUGAUCCGUAGCUGUAACAGGAGUAUCCCCUGUAUGGAAGUGAUCAGACUGUCUAUACAGAUUCUGCUCAACCUGACCAAGUAUGAGAAGACCGUGUCUGCUGUGUAUGAGGUGGAGGAUUCUGUUGAAGUUCUUCUGGACUUGAUGCAGAUCUACAGAGAAAAGCCUGGAGACAAAGUACCAGAGAAAGGGGGAAGUAUAUUUACCAAGACCUGUUGUCUCUUGGCCAUCUUUGGCCUGGACUCCCAGAGAGCUCAGGAAAUUCGCUCUAUUCCUAAGGCAAUGGAUCGGAUCUCCGGCAUAUACCGCCUGAUAUCACGGAAGCACAAAAUGGAUGCAGCGCGCAAUGUCAGCAAACAGCUCAUGAACAGUUCUAGAGUUCAUGGCAAUACAUCUUCACAGAGCACACCAUUCCACACAAGAAUCGUAUCCAGAAUCAAACCUGACUGGGUGCUAAGAAAAGAUAAUAUGAGAGAGAUUGUGGAUCCUUUGCAAGCCAUCCAGCUGGUGGUGUCAACCUUUGCUUUGCCUAUCGGAAACCAUUUUCCUGGAACUGGAAUAUUUUAA